AUGAAGGACGAGGUGCUCACGGGUGGUUUCUUUCGUCCAUCCCGCGGCCAGAACUAUACCUACAUUGUGAGCAACUAUGAACGCGUUGCCAAGCCGGCAUACCACGUGGAACUGGGGAACUUUUACCAAAGACUGGAAUCUUUCGGUUGGGCAGACGGCGGCGAUCGCCAGUCUACAGCAUGGUCCCUCUUCAACAGCGGCGGCAUCGAAGGCGUCAUUGUCGGUCUCGAAAUGGAUGCGCUACUCGCCAAGAAGUAUCCGGGAAUAUUCUCGGGCUUCCAGAACCCAAUUUCCAAUGGCCAGUGGAGGAAAGAAGUCGGUUACUGGUUCAACAUUGGCCUGGCCAAGUUGCAGUUUGGCUUGAUCAACAUUGCGGUCGGGCCCCCAGAUCCAACGCUCCCGGAUCUGCAAAACAUGCUUCCCACCUUGACAGUCGGCCAGGAGCACCUCGCGCACAGAAUCUGUACCUCACAAAAGAUAUACAGCCCGGAUCACAAAAACUACAAUACAGCGGGGUUCAUAUUUCUCUCGGUAGUGGGUGGUCUUAUUGGGCUGCUGCCCCUCCUCAAGCCGUACAUUCUCCGCGGGCUCUCUCGGGGGAGAACCUUUUCUCUCAAUUGGAGCUCGUACUCGAGCUCCCAGAUGCAAAGGAUGGCAAUUGAGGGAGGCGUUGCGGGCAACUGGGAAUACCUUGACGACAAUAUUCCUCGUUUGAUCCCGCACGACGCGUCAGCUGGCUAUGUGGAUCUUGAGUACUCAGACCCGAAUGACCCGAAUCGUCAGCGCCAUCCAAAGUUGUCCAAUGACACCGCAACGGAAGCGAUACAAACAGGAGCAGACGCCUCGAGUGCUGCAGAUUCACGGUCGGAGGAGGGCGCAGGACCUAGACGAUCUGCUGAGAGGGCUGUUGAGAUGCAACCUCUCGCUGCGAACGCGUCACCAAACUCACGUCCGACCGGCCAGAAACGCGGUGGUUAA